UUAGCUGUAUCAUACCUGUCUUUUUCUCUCUCCCUCCUUUCUCUCACAACAUUGUGAAAAAGAUCAUAGAUUUAGAGAGAAGAGAGAAGAGAGAAGAGAGAAGAGAGAAGAACAAAUUAAAAACCCAAAAAAAUAAUUACGUAGUAAUAAUAAUAAACAAGAGAGAUUCCAUUUUAUUUUAGUUUAUUCUCAGCCAAAAGGAAUAGGGGGAGAAAAUCUUCAAAAGAAAUAGUGAAUUAACAACACAAAAACAAAUUAACAAGAAAUUGAUCUUGUAAUAAUAAUAAUAAAUAAUAACUCUCCCCCUUAAUUCCUAAUUGUGCUGUGUGUUUUUUGAGGUAGUGUUGGUAGUAUACAAAACAUAGACAUUGUUCUUUAUCAUUUCAAAACGUGAUACGUGAUAAAGUUACAUAUAUCUAAAUCUUUGUAAGUAGUCGGCUCUUAACACCCCUUUAGUGGGAGGAAGGAAGGAUAUUUGCCUAUUGGGUAUAGAAAUGGCACAAUUACCUCCAAAAGUGCCUAGCAUUAUGCCCCAGAAUCCUCAUCAUUGUCCUCAUCAAGAGCAGCAGCAACAACAACAAUGGCAAGAAUUCAUGCGCCCUCAUCAGCAGCAGCAGCAGCAGCAGCAGCAGCAGCAGCAGCAGCAACAACAACAGCAACAUCAGCAGGCAGCGGGGCAGAAUCCACCCUGGGUAGAUGAGUUUAUGCAGUUCUCGGCAGUGAAGCGAGGAACACACCGGAGGACGGUGAGCGAAUCCUCGGUGGCAUUCGUGGAGACAGGAACUGCGGUGCCGUACGUAAACGGCACAGUAUUCCGUCCACCAGAAAUAACAGGGAGGAGUAAAAACAAUAAUGAUGAUGAUGAGUUUGAUAAGUUUGACGAUGAGCAGUUCAUGUCGAUGUUUAGCAAUGAGUUAGGAGGGUCGUCUUCGAACCCUUCAUCAACUUCAGACCAUAACAGCACGAAUGAGGAUAAGAAGAAAGGGACGACGAGGAAGGGGGAGGAGGGAUUUGGAGGCAGAGAGAAAGUGGAAGACGGCGAAAAGGCGGAGGAGGUUGAGAGUUCGUGUAAGUUUGAUAAGGAACAAGGACAAGUGCAAACACAAGCUAAUGGUAAUGUUAAUUGUAAUAACAAAGGUGGUACUGGUACUGGUACUGACACUGGUACUGGUAAUGCAGCUGAUGUAGGUGUUGCUGAUCCUGAUCAGCAACCUGUAGUUGAUCCAAAGAGGGUUAAGAGAAUAUUGGCAAACCGGCAAUCAGCACAAAGAUCAAGGGUAAGGAAGUUGCAGUACAUAUCCGAGCUCGAACGCAGCGUUACCGCUUUACAAAGUGAAGUAUCAGCAUUGUCCCCAAGGGUUGCAUUCCUGGAUCAUCAACGCAUGAUUCUAAACGUCGACAACAGCACUCUCAAAGCCAAAAUAGCAGCUCUUGCCCAAGAUAAGAUCUUCAAAGAUGCUCAUCAAGAAGCAAUGAAGAGAGAAAUAGAGAGGCUCAGGCAAGUUUAUUACCAGCAGAACCUAAACAAGCCUGAAAACAUUGUUCCACCACCCAUUACCACUCAGUCUCAACCACCCGACACCACACUUCACAAGAAUGAGCAACUUACAGGUUAAAAUAAUAAAAACAUGUUCGUUCUUCAGGUUAUACUGUACUAUACCUCAAUGGAGGAAGAUUUAUGUCAGAAGCAUUCUUUGUAAUAAAUUAAUUCCUCUGGGUUUCUCCUUGUAACCAUACAGA